AUGUCGGGCACUCGUCUUCGGACCGCACCGUCGUACACCCCUGAAGAUUUGGCGAGCGUGAUUGCCGGGACCGCCAGUGACGCUGUGAUCAAGGCGGUCCUGAACACGGCCGUUGCCAAGCGAGAGCUAGAUGUCCUCGAGAGGCUCCGCGCUGAGGGCCCAUUCAGCAUCCAGCGCUGCGCAGAGCGCCGUCUGAAGGUUCCGGCCAUUGCCAAGCUGAUCAGGAACUCGGGCGCGGCUCCUCCUCCCUCUCUGCCAUCGUUCGAUUCCUUCACCGGUAACUUUAAUCCUUCUAUCUUCAAGAGAGCCGUCAAGUCGUUUUACAGGCAGACCCGCCAGCUUCCGUGUGAGGCGCUUUACAGCGUGUACUUCAUCCAGGGCAGCUUUGCCGUUUUCCCCCGUUGCUUUGAGGCGGGCUUCCAGGCCUUUAUGCUCAAUAAGCUGAGCCUUGCUUUAGAUGACUACAGGGCGAAGUUCACCCUUGACGAGACCCAGACAGCCGAGUCGUCAGAUGCGUUGGUGAGGCUCAGAAACAUCUGUGCCUACUACGAGAAGCUGUACUCUCUGGAAGGUAUUCGCAUCUACUGCUCAGCCCCAUCUCAAGGCGUUCCCCUGUCAAGGGAGCAGAGGAAGGCUUGUUCUAGACAGGAAUUCGCCAACUUCAAAGACCCCCUGGCGGUCAGACAAUGCAAGUAUCCCCACGAGCUUAUCCUGGAGAAGCUUCCCACCAAGGCAUUUCUGACGAUUCUUUCGGGAUCCUCUUAUCCGUCGAUUCCCUUCGUUAAGCAGGCAGCCUCGAUGAACCCCGUGAAGACUCUUCUGCUGCUCGGCGUCUUGAGCGAGCCCAACGGCACCGAGGCCCCACGGGUCAACUUCUCCAUCUUCGACAUGCGCCUCCGCGAUGACCUUGUUGUCUAUGCGGCCAACGAUAGAGGCUUCAAGCUGGCCUAUUCGUAUCACAACCUGACACACUGGUGGAUAAACACUUAUCUGAUUGAGCUUCUGGACACGGGGUUGAUGAAGAAUCUCGUCAACUCGGGCUACUUCGACCUCGAAACUGUCUUUGUGCUUACCUUUAUGAAGCAUCGGGACCCCACUGAAAUAGGGCCAUCUCUCGACCUCCUUACCUCGUACUUUGCGAAAGUAUCACAGGGGCUCAUUCCAUUCUUUUCUGGUGACAUGAUCGAGGUGGAUCGGACUCUCCGGGGAGGGGAAAAGGCGGACCCCCAUCACGUGCUCGAUAAGAUGGUCUCCUCAACCGCGAAGCUGCUUCUCAUUUUCCUGGAGUAUAUGGUCUGCUGGACGCUCGGGAUCGGCCGGAAACAGCUUCUUUCGGAGCAAGACCUUGCAGCUCUGAAGCCGGAGGAGGUUUACACGUGUGUCUCGACCAGUACCAUUCUGUCGGCCUUCAUGGCGAAGACAAAGAGCUUAGCAAGCGCGCAGUCUGCGUUCACACUCUACAUCCUUGCCCACCAAGUAGCGGUGCUUCACAAGGCCCAGGGAAUGGACUGCCCGAAGAUCAUUUCUAAUCUGUCUCUCCAGCAGUACAUAGAGAAGUCGCACCUCCUGACAAACAAGGAUGCGCAUAUCCGCUCUUCUGUUCUUGUCUCUCUCUGCAGACACUGUGAAGCCUUUGCGUCCAUGGCCCGCAUCACGGCUUCGUGCAAGCAGCUACACAAGGUCUUCCUGGACGAGGCUCACGAGACAGCCACAUACAUCAGGUCCAUUGUCGACAAGUUCCUAAAGGACAAGGAAGCCUUGAGCAACGCUUCCAACUAUCUUAACUCGAGAUUUGAUUCUGAUGAGGCCGUUUAUAACCUUUUCUAUGUUGCGCGGCUCCACGACGUGCUGUUCCGACUCUGCCCUGAGAAGGCGUCGACUGAGUUUUUCACGAGAGCCUUGAGGGUCUACUUGCGGUUCUCAGGGGAUGGUUCGAUCAGCAUCUCUGAUAGUUACUCUGUCCUCUGUAAAAUCUCUACCAGAUGGCAGGAAAAGCUUCAGGGAACAAUGGAUCCCAGCUACAAGUAUACUCCGACGCACUACCCGAGCGGCUGUCUUGUGUCAGUAGAGUAUCCGCACCACGUUGACCAGCUGACCUACGACACCUUGUCCAGUGAGAUACGGAGUGCCUUGUCGUGUGAAGAUCUUUCCUUGCUCUCCCCUGUGGACAUGUCUCGCUACAUUGCCCCACGGAUUGAGCCGUCCGCCUUCUACGUCGGUCCUGGGUACAUGUACAGACGGCACCAUCCUGUCGUUGCAGUCCCACUCCUGUCAGCCUCUUCGGCAGACUCAGUCCUGCUUUCGGUUCCUCUUCGCGUGGCGCCUCGUGACCCGACAAAGAAGGCCGCUACGCCAUCCCUCAGCGAGAAGACAGAAAAGAUUCUCCAGGGCUUGUCCUAUUUGCUAUUCCGGGACAGGUUUGCCGGCCUGAAGAAGAGCCUGCAACAUCUCGUUCUCCACAAAGACGUCUUGGCUCCUGCCGUGAACGGAGGGGCGCCAGUUGCCGAGAGACUCUUCCAGUAUGUGCAGUCUCUUCACAGUUAUGUCACGCGCCUUCUGGGAACUCUGGCUAGAGUUCCAAUCUACGACAAGAGCAUGCUUAUUUGUCACAACAAGGAUUUGACAGAGGAACAGGCGCUUUCCCUCGCUACAAGAGCCUCCGCGAUUGUCCUGAAUUAUUCCAACAGAAACCUCAAGGACCUGCAGAGUGUUCUUGAAAAGUACAUCUCAGUCUUCUUUGAGACUACCCUCUCCAUUAAGAGCGUCAGCGAGCACAUCGUGAAGCCAAUUUCACUUUUGAUUCCGUCGAAUGACAUGAAGGUAUCGCUGCAGCGUAAGCACAAUCAACUUCUUAGGGCGCAGGACCCGUACUUCGCCUCUCCUCCGACAAAUGUCCAGAUCAGGUUCGACUUCAAGGGCACAGAGGAGUACUACAAAACUCUGAUGAGCCUCCCCAUCAUUUCUAAGAACUUGAGGUCUCAGAUGAGCACAGACACGGUCACUGCCGUCAUCCAGUUUUCCUUGGUUCAGCUUCUUACGGACGACCUCCUCCCGGUCACCAAGGGAGUCUUCGCUAAUUCCUUCAGAGAGAAUUUGCUUUUGUACCUGAACUACACAACCCUCUACACAACCCAGAAGAGGCUUGCUGACGUCAUAUCUCGCGGGUACGGCACGUUCUUCAGCAACGUCCAUGCACACAAGCAGUAUGAGAAGGCCUGGAGCUCCCUCGUCAAGAACGUGAGUAUAAAGCUUGACGACUUUGUGAAGGUCCGCGAAGCUAUGAUUAGCCACAACCACAGGGACUACGUAGAGAACAUCUGCAAAGUGCGUACAUCCAAGACUUUCAUGGGCGAUUGUGAGCAUAUCUUCUACAAAGCGCUCUGCUUGAUGAUCGACGACAGAAAUCUGAAAGUGGUUGACCAGCUGUCCGACGAGGCUAGGAAAUACUUGCAUCCGUUCGACCCCGACCAGCCCCAGGCACAGCGCGCCUUCGACACAGAAGGAUUCAAUAGGCUAUUUGGGUGGAUGAUCCUCCUGUGUGAGUGCAUCAUCAGCUAUAGCGUUCUCGAGGAGGACGUCCUGGACUCCCCUGACCUUGGCUUCCUUUGUACAAAGCUGGACGACAUAGAGAAGAUCUUGGGUGCAGCCGGGCUGCUUUGCAAGGAAAAGGCUUGCACUUUGAACAUCGGGGCGUUCAUGACUUCUCUCAGGAGCAUCUCUACAGGCAGUGGCCUCGCGGUUGCGCACCGGUCCCUCCUGAUCAUGCUGUCUACCUCGGUUGUGGUGACUGCCCACCUGGCGCCUGUCCCAGCCGAAAGGUCCAACGUCGAUCUUAAGCCUCUGCAGCCCAGCUUCGUCAAAUAUGUGAAGGAGCACAUCAGGGUGUACAUGAGACACGCUUGCCCUGCCCCGGUUCCAAUGAAGAUGGCGCGGACGGGCAUGGCGGCCAGAGCCUGUGCAGUAGAUUCAGCCCAGCCUAUGAUGCUCUGCGCUGCAUCGAAUCGUGUUGUCCCAGAACGAGAGACGAAGCGCAAGAAGCUCGUUCGUGGCGGACGAGGAAAUCAGCGUGUCUUUAAGCAUGUGGACUAUCUGGUUUCGAUCAUGGCUCGCUUUUAUCGUGCCGCCAGCAUGAAGCUAGCGAUCACUGCGGGUGUUCUGCUCAUUUCCAGCAACACAAAUGCCUUUGUCUCCCCGCUGAUCUCGAUUUUACAGGCAUCCGUUUUGAAUGAGUCGGAUGUCACCUCCGUGAUCGAGUCGUUGGAGGCCAUCACGGCCAAGUCCUUCUCCGUGGCAUCUAUGUCUAUGAUCGUCAAGAUCAUCACGCUCCCCGUUCUCCUGCAGCACCCGCGGGCUCCGGAGUUCUUGUUCAAGAAGGUCGUCUUCUCCCACUUCGACGUCGACCUUCUGCUUAUCCGGUGCUGCAUCAUGCAGUUUAAUACCGACCGCGCCAUGGAGGUCAUCGAGCACUACAUAGAUAGGAUCUCCAAGGGCUACCAUAAUGCGUGUGCAAAUCCUGGCAAAGAUGAUGGAAUUGUGGAGUCGCUCAAGAUUGGAGCAACGGACAAUAUCACAGAGAUCCCGCAGGAUGAUGACCUCGUUGCGUUGCCGAAGAACGUCGAGACCGCCCUGCGCUAUAUGGCCAUUAUUCCUACCAUGCUGAACCCGGAGAUCCGUCCCCGUGGCUUCAGCGGGGACAUCCUUCCCAAGAGCGACCAGGAGAAGUAUCCCCUCAUCGUCACCAAGGAGUCGAAGCGUGACGCCUUCAUUGAGCCCGAGCGGAUCCUCCGCCUCGUUCAGCUCACUGAGUUCUUGAUAGAUCUGCCCAAUCCAUUUAAGACGGGCCAAGUCGCCGAAAUCAAGAUGGCGUGGUUCGUCAACGCUGUUACACACGGCUACUUUAAGAAGUCUGUCAUGGACACGGCGUUCACGUUUCUGGACAAUUGCAACGGUAAGAGCCUGAAGUACCUGAUACCAGGAGCAUCCGAGGCGGAGCUCCGCUACCUCCAUGAGAACAUAUCGGCGAUCUCUGAAGCGAGUGUCCUCUGCGUCGCAAGCCUUGUUAGGGCUGGCGAGAAAGAAAAGGAGGACUUCGCCGCCGACAGGUUCAUCAACAACAUGAAGUUCAUCGUCAGCACGGCCACCUCAGAACCGGAUUACCGCGUAGACUCGUGCAUCUUCACCUACUUCGAUCUUGCUCGGGAACUGGUUCAGCGCCAGCAGGAUGCCCACGGGUAUUGCUGCGACGCGUGCGGCGGCGAUCGCGUGCCGCAUACAGAGUGCACGCUCUACAAGGACAUGUGCUUUAUGGUCCGACUGAUUGAGUGGGCUGCUGAAUACAGGACCUCGUUGCCGGACUUUGUUAAGUUCCGGACUCUCUACAAGAGUCUUCCCAUAGACGAGAUUGACGCGAUGGGCUCGUUCGCCCUCGCGAUCGUCAAGAACCACGAGGCCCCGGGUGAGUCUUCCUGCCUUAAUGCCGUAAGCGCUGAAUUGGCCAAGUUCGCGACCGCGGCCAUCGCCAUGGGCGUAAACAUUCGUGUGGAUAGGUCGUACGUGAGUGUCUACACGCCUGUCGUCUAUUCCGAUGCACCUCUAUUCACUCGCGGGAUCUUUGCCAAAACCUUCAACCUGCAUGACGCUAUGAGUGACAUCUUAGCUCAAAUGACUCUUGAGGAGAGGAGCAAGCUGUUUGCAUACCUCUGUUACUGUUUGUAG